GUUAUCGAUUAAUCAUCUGUGAUGCAGAGUUGCCAAGCAGGUGGCGUACUGCGCAGGUAAAUAAAACCAAAUGAAAUAAAUCAUGGACUGUGCACCGCUAAAUUUGGCGCAUUUCCAUGAGCGACGCUCAGAGCGCUUCAUGCGUCACCAUCGCUACGAAGAGGCCAUAAAAGCGCUAGAGACAUCUCUAAUAUACCUGCAGGACGCCUAUAAGAAUGUACAACUGGCAAAAUCGAAGGAGGUGCUCGACACCUUGACGCUUGACUUUCAGCGCAAGCUACGACAGAUCGAGAUGCGCAAAACACAACAUGGGCUAACAAAGCUGAAAGAUUUCGGCCAGCUUAAAGAAACCAGCCCCAUGCUACCACUGCGUCCCGAGCAUGGCGUGGGCUCAGCGCAGUCCGUGGCCAAAGCCAUCGAUAAGACCGUGCAGGACUUUGAUGCCAAAUUCACGUCCACCAUCGAGCGCAAAGUGUCAACGCCUGCGUUAGUUGAGCUCAAAGUUGAGACCAUGGUCAACAGCGAUCCGCAGUCGGACGGUCAAGAAUACGACAGCCGAUCGACGUUGGAGCGAAGCUCAGAACACGAUAUGCCCUCCCUGACUCCGUUGGAGCUGCCAUCAUUUGAUUAUUCAUUGUUUACCAGCUCAUCGGCUCCGUCGCUGGCGAGCUAUAUUGGCUUGGCCGAAAGUUUUCAAAAGUAGUUCCCUAAGCUCGUGAUAAUUAAAUAUAAA